AUGUCAGCAUUCGCUGUUCUGGCGCUGGCCGCCCUCGCCCCGGUGGCAUUCCCUUCUCCCAUCCCCCAACACGCCAACCCCAACCCCAACCCCAUCUCCUUCCCCGUCAACUCUGCGAGUCAAGGGCACGACCUCCAUUGGGCUCAACAAGAGGCUGCAAGGGCAAAGCGUAGAUACAGCUCUGAAUCCGGUUCAGAGCGGUUACAGAAGCGCAGACAUGGUCACGGUUCAAGACAUAUUCGCCAGCCAAGGGGCAUUGCAUCCCUCAAAGCAUGGGGAGACUCAUACUCGAUCCGCGCAGAGAUUGGUACCCCACCCCAGCAACUCGACCUCUACGUCGACACCGGCAGCACAGACUUAUGGGUCAUCGGCAGCUGCGACGACAACUCGGAGUGUGGAAACACGGCUACCUUUGACUCCUCCGCCUCGUCAACCUACACUCCUACCGACCAGCUCUUUGCCAUGAACUACAUCGACGGUGGCCGGACCACUGGCGUAUGGGGCGGCGACGUGGUCCGCAUCGGCGGUCAGGCUGUCAACACCUACUUUGGGAUCAGCAAACACACUACCAACUGGGGUACCGCGCAGAGCGGGUUACUCGGCCUGGCGACGCGCGCGGGGAGCAGCAAGCGUGUCGAGCCGUGGUGGGAGGCGGCCUCGAGGGAGUGGGACGACGGCCAAUUCGGGCUGUAUCUCGGCCGUCCCGGAGUCGAGGGUAGCGUGACCUUUGGCGGAGUGGACGAAAGUCUGUACGACGGCGGCUUGACGUACUAUGCGCACACGGCAAUGGAGGGAUGGGAGGCGGGUUGGAACAUCGCCACUGGAGGUGUCGCGGUUAAUGGCCGCCGCCUCUCCUCUACUGUGCGUAUGGCCGUGCUCGACUGCGGGAGCACGGGUAUCGUCGGGCCCAAGGCUGAGGUGGACGCCUUUUACGCUGCCCUGAACACCGAGGUCAUUGACCUCAAGGACGGGUCGUACGCCUUUGAGUGUAGCGCUUCGCUAGGCAUCAACGCGUCCUUUACAUUCGGCGACUACGGGGGCACGCGUUUGGGUGCUCUGCCCGAGCAGCACUUCUACCUGCGCAACGCGGACCUCGCUAUCGUGCGCGGGAGCGGAGAAGACUUUGCCGCCACUGGCGGGUACGACGCCCUGCGUGGGCGGCCAGGAACGUGGUGCUUUGGCGCAGUGUCGAGCUGGGAGUCGACGACCGAAGCAGCCGAUGCGUGGAUCCUCGGUGACAGCUUCCUCAAGAACGUGUACAGCGCGUACCGUGUCGAGCCCCGUGGUGUCGGCCUCGCACCACUCAAGAGUAGCGCCGGAGGGGAGGGUUGGGAAGGCGUGCCGUCCGCCGCGGACGGUGUGUCUUCAGGAUAG